AUUAACUGGACUUGACUUCUCAUGAUGGGAUAGAGAGUCCAUGAGUUUAUAACUGAUCACCUCAAUUUAUGAUUGAUAUUACACAAGAUUACUGCUUCAGUUCAUUUGGCCUUUUUGACGGAGGACUGGAUAGCAUUUUAGCAGGCAAUUACUGGCGCAGGAAUUGAGCAUUUCCUAGACGCGUCUCUUCCAUUUACGCGUCUAAUCAUUUAAACUAAAGCACUUCAACACUUCAACACUUCAAACUUUGUACACAUAGCGACAAAUCAAAAUGGCAGCGCAACAAAACUCAGACUAUGAACUCUUAACAGAGCAUUUUGGAUACCCUCCAGUUUCCCUCCUCGACGACAUCAUCAACACUGUCAAUGUCCUCGCCGACCGUGCCCUCGACUCAGUCGAACGUCUUCUUCUCUCCAUUCCACCGCAAUCAUUAGGGUUCUCCAACAAACAUGCCUCGAAAGAUGGAACGCCGGCUCUACCGCCCGACGAGGCAGCCAAGCUAGAGAUCGAACAUGGCACACACCAGCUCGAGACUCUUCUCAACGCGUCCAUCGACAAGAACUUCGAUUUGUUCGAGCUAUACACGAUGCGCAAUAUCCUAACAGUGCGGCCAGAUGAUCAACCAUAUAUGCGUCUGGCGCACUACGAGGGCUUGGAUUUCUCUGGGUCAGAAGGUCCGGAUCGGCCAACGACCGAGUCUGUGACUGCGCUGCGGAGGAGAUUACAUGCUAGCCAGCGACUACACACAGCACUCGAGUCUGAGAGAGCCCGAAAUGAUACGCUGCUUGGCAAAUUGAGGUCUGUGCUGGGUGUUGUGCCUGGCAAUGUAAAAGCAGAAGAGGGACAGGCUCAGGCACCAGACGGUUCAGCCUUUGGAUUCUUGCGCGACAAGACAAGUCUUCAGGCCGCUGGAGCCGACAAGCCCAUCGCGACGACAACAGAAUUCACCCUCUCACAAUUACAAGCCCUCCGCGCUCUAUCAACAUCACUACGCACAUUGCUUCCUGACCUUGGUCCCACGGAUGCAGAUACCUCAAUGGAGGACGCCUCAAGUAGCUCACGUACAUGGAGACGCGAGCGUGUGGAAUAUGUCGAGGGUGCAUCGCGGAAAUAUCUCGAGACAGCUAGAGGUCUGGAGCUGGGAGACCAGGGUGAGGUACGUGAUGGUGAGUGGCAGGGAGAAGGACGCAAAAUUACGAGAAGCGAUGUUGAGGGGCUGGAACAAGUGGCUGCUAUGCUUGGGCAGAAGUCAACGACGACAGGCGAAGCUUCUGGUGAAGGAGAACCGAUGGACCAGUCAUAGGUUGAGAACUGCAUCUUUGAUAUGUCAAGUUGAGUUGGUGAUUUGAAAGGCGUUGGGCGAACGAAGAAAACGGUCUAUGUCAUAGUCUUGGCGAUGAAAUCUUUUGUCAUUCGAUAUACAAAACAGAUGCUUCAAGGCAUGGUCAGCACAACAUCUAUCCCAGCGAGGUAUAUACCUCUAGUACAUGUCUAACCCUUGACUAGUGGUACAAUUCUCUCAUCCCAUCAUUCCUCCUUGUUUUCUCUAUGAACGCGCAUACUGCCUCAACUUCUGGCUGUCUAUCAAACCAUUAUGCUGAGCCAGAUACCAGAAAUGAUGUCUCCAGUAUCUCUCAUUCGCACUCUUGCUCUCCCUAUCAUGAAGCUUAUACUUGAGAACAACAUCCACGACUCUCUUGGCCGACUCCGUGUCUCCUUUUUCGAGAAGCGCUUGCAUCAGUUCCUUGAGACACGAGAGCGAUGUGACAGGGCGACCAGAAUCGGCGAGAUCGUCAAAGAUAGACAUGGCUUCUCGAACAUCACCCCCGAUGGCGUGGGCGGUCAUGACUCGCUCCCACAGUGUCUGGUCGCCGGUGGACACCUUUGUCAGAUUGUUGUCCUUGAGCAGAGUGCGGAUCUUGUUGAUAUCAGGAGGAUCAUGACGAAGGGCUCGCUCAACCAGAAUAGUAAUCAUGUGCGGUGUCAGAACAGAACCGAAGCCGUUGCUGCGCAUAUGUUGUUGCAAUGCAGCGAUGACAUCGUCAGAGCAAUUGGGAAGACCAUCAAGAGCAUAAAGCAUCUUGCCAUAUGUCUCGAGAUUAGGCUUGAGUCCAGCUUGUUCAAUAUCGUUAAAGACGGCCUUGAUAGCAGCAACUUGCUCCUCAGCACUGGCAUCUUCCAUACGCCCAAUGACAGCCUCGAGUAGAAUGGUAAAGGUGGCAGAGUCAGGUUCGAUGCCCUCCCUCUGCAUGGACUUUAAGAGCUCGUCGACAUUCUUGUGGUAGCCCAUGCGAAUAGUCUCGCGGAUGAGGAUGUUAUAGGUGCGAGUAUUUGGAGCAAGACCUUGUCUUCCAGCCCACGCCAGCAAAUCGUGUGCGGCCUUGGGGUCUGCAUUUAACAGACUCUUGAAGGCAGCGUUGACGGCUUCGAUACUAGGCUCAACAGCUUGAGAUUGUUUCCCUUGCUUAACUGCACGUUGCCAGUUUUCUACCAACUCCGCGAGCGCCUGUAGACCCUUCUGAUGCUGACCAAGCUCGAUAAGCGCCGACACACGCUCGGUCCAAAUGACAGCGUCGAGCUUCAUACCAGACUUGACAAGUUGACUCCAUAAUGCCUCGAUCUUGCCAAUAUCCUUGCACAUCUUCCAUCCGUGCAUCAUGCUUGUAUAAGUUCUGACUGUUGGCUCAACUUCAAGCGAGUGCAUUAGGUCGAGAGUCUCCUGAACUCUUGGAUAACGACGGACUGCACACCAUACGAAGAUCCAAAAAUCGAGGAAUUCACGAUCGUGAGCCAGCUGGGGUUUGAUACCCGGGUUGUCGCGCAAGGCCACUAACAUGGCGUCCCAGACGGAUCCAAUGGCACCUCUGUCGCGUGCCCUAUAAGCUGCUCGCAGUUGCUUGUGAAAGUUGUUGAGACUGUUUCUCGCCCCCGAAUCUGGGUCCUGAGAUGAGGCUUUCACCCAGGCGUGGGAUUCGCCCAUGAUCAUAGUUGAUGCAAGAGCCCAUUGUUGCGAGACAUACUCCUUGAGUGUGGCCAGUCUCUCGGGAGAAAUCCUUGAAGAUUUUGACACGAUAGUAUCGAUAUCAGCCUGUUUGAUUUUGUACUUGGAUAACACCGCUCGGACAAGUAUCAGUAAAGGCGACAACUGCGUCUUGUAAUCGGAACCAGAAUAUCUGUUAUCUGAAGCGAUAGCGAGAGUAGCCAGUAGUGAAGGGAUAACUUCAAUGGCUUGGGGCGGCGGUAGCUGAAGAAACAAAGAGGCCAACGCUCGAGAUGCCUGUGUCCCUGCUUGUGCUGGGGCGCCACCCCUGCUGUACUCGGUAUCCUUCAACACCUCUGUCACGCUGGGUAGUGCGAAGCGCGCCUCCUUGUUGGCUUCGCUGGGUCGCUUGAGCUGAGAAAUAUGCUGCCACAUUUUGAGAAUCUCCAACCUCAUUGCAGUGCGCUCACCGGACCCAUUCUUGUGCUGUAAGAACCUAACACAUAUGUUGAGAAUGAGAUCGUUUCGUAGGCGGAGGCCAUAGUCCCCAAAUGCCCGGUACUUCUCAGCUAUAUCGUGACUGUUCUUGUAUAGACCAUUUUGAAACAUGUAAGCACACUCAAUGCCGAGUAGUUGGGUUACAGCUGUGUAGAUAGCCUUGGGGAUCUGGCCUUCAAGUCCGACGAUACUCGGCCAGAUCUCGUCGCGGAAGAUAUCAUAGCGCUCAUCGGGGUGGACUCCUCUAGACAUGACUUCUUUGAGUCUUGCGAUGAUUUCGAGCUCAUUGAGUAUAGGCAUAGGCCCAUUGGCAGCCUCGGUGCUUGGGGUAGCUUCAUGAUCCGCACGGCUCACGAUUUCUUUGAAAAGUGCCAAUGCCGGGUCCUGGUCUGGUUUCUGUUUCUGUUUGAAUGCAUUGACUCCUAUUCUUGGUCCAUUAUGGGGCUGUUUUGACUCUCUGCUGGUGUUGGCUGACUGUGAAGCUGUCCUUGUCCUUGUCCUGGGUGUAUCAGGAAUCUCAGCUGUGGUUGAAUACGAAGCUACAGCCCCAAGCCGCUUGGCUGAGGCCGGAACUGAUCGGAACUGCGAUGAGCAUCUUGAACAGGCUGUCCGAGAUGCGUACAUGUCGUAAAGGCCCCAGGGGGUUUUGGUGGGUGCAGUUGCAAUAUGUAACUCAGUUGAGGGUCACUAUUUUCAUCAAGUUGAUGGACUGAGGUGAGGAGCCAAUCA